CGGACCGGAGAUCAGGCGGCGCGGCGGGCAGCCCGGCGUGGGGUCUUCCGGCGCGGCAAGAUGGCGGCGCUGCGGCUCUGGAGCCGGCGGCGGGCGGUGGGACCGAGGGCCGGUGUCCGGGGGUUAGCAGCAGGAAGACAUGACUAUGAUCUGUUGGUGAUUGGAGGAGGUUCUGGUGGCCUUGCUUGUUCUAAAGAAGCAGCCCAGUAUGGCAGGAAGGUUGCAGUAUUAGAUUAUGUGGAGCCUUCACCUAAAGGCACGAGAUGGGGCCUUGGUGGCACUUGUGUCAAUGUGGGCUGUAUUCCAAAAAAGUUAAUGCACCAUGGAGCCCUUCUGGGUAAUGCCAUUAAAGAUGCCAAGAAAUAUGGUUGGGAUAUAUCUCUGCCUGUACGUCAUGACUGGGGUGUCAUGGCAAAUGCUGUUCAAAACCACGUGAAAUCCUUAAACUGGGGACAUCUAGUGCAACUUCAAGAUAAGAAGGUGAAAUACCUGAAUCUCAAGGGUGUUUUUGUGGACCAACAUACCAUUCAAGGGGAGUCCAAAAAAGGUGAAAAAACCCUUCUGACUGCUAAAAAUAUUGUUCUAGCAACUGGAGGAAGACCAAGGUAUCCUGUAAAUAUUCCAGGGGCUGAAUUUGGCAUUUCCAGUGAUGACAUUUUCUGGCUGCGAGACUCACCUGGAAAAACGUUAGUUAUUGGUGCAAGCUAUGUGGCCCUGGAGUGUGCCGGCUUUCUCACUGGGGUUGGCUUGGAUACUUCACUUAUGAUACGAAGCAUUCCUCUCCGUGGAUUUGAUCAGCAAAUGGCUCACUUGGUGACAGACUACAUGACAUCUUAUGGUACCCGAAUCUUUUGGAAGUGCACGCCUGUCAAAAUAGAAAAAAUGAACAGCGGCAAACUGCAGGUUAUAUGGAAAAAUCUGGCAUCUGACAUCGAAGAACGAGAGUCCUUUGACACAGUGAUGUGGGCAAUAGGUCGAGCACCCGAAACACAAAACCUGUGCCUAGAUAAGGCAGGGGUCCGGCUUAAUCCAGAAACGGGGAAGGUGAUUGUUGGCGCUGGUGAAGAAACAUCUGCUUCUCAUAUUUAUGCCAUUGGAGAUAUAGCAGAGGGCCGACCAGAGCUCACACCGACAGCUAUCAAAGCGGGCAAGCUGCUGGCGCAUCGGCUUUUUGGCAGGUCUACUCAGCUGAUGGACUAUGACAAUGUUGCUACAACAGUUUUUACACCACUGGAGUAUGGAUGUGUAGGGCUGUCUGAGGAGGAGGCUGUACGUCGCUAUGGGGAGGACAGUAUAGAGAUUUAUCAUGCAUAUUACAAGCCACUGGAAUUUAUGGUAGCUGAACGGGAUGCCACACAGUGCUACAUCAAGAUGGUCUGCUUGCGUGAAGAUGACCAACGCAUUCUUGGGCUUCAUUUCAUUGGACUAAAUGCUGGAGAGGUCAUUCAAGGAUUUGCGCUGGGACUCAAAUGCAAUGCCACUUAUUCUCAGCUGGCAUCCACCGUGGGCAUCCAUCCAACGUCUGCCGAAGAGGUGAAUAAGUUGAACAUCACCAAGCGCUCAGGUUUAGACGCAACAGUCACGAGUUGCUGAGGUUAAGAAUCAUCCCUGAACUAGCUGGCACACUACAAACUCCGCAGCACUCGUGAAAAGCCCACACUGGAGAACAGAACAUGCCUGAAACACAUUGUUUUAAAUCAGAAUUGUGGUUGGCAUUCACUAUUGCCUUAACCAACACUUAAAGUUUGACCUUGUUUCAUUCAUGUGAUCAGGGCAAAACAAAAUGAGCUAACACUAAAUGCACAGAAGUAACGUAUCUUUCAAUAUUUUUAUGUAAUUCAAUGACAUAAAUAUUUUGGAUGCCAUCCUUAAGAGUCCACUCUGUGCGAUGAUGGUCGUGGCGAUGGAAGAGGUUGUGGUGUUGACUGGGGGUGGGCUUGUGGCCUAUCAUGAACGCAGAAAACUACUGCUAAAUCAGCCAGCAGAGGGGGAUAUCUGAUUGUAUCAGUGAUGGGAGAACAUUGUUACCUACUAAUGAGGAAGGGAAUUACAUUAGCAGUUUGUUUUGCAAAAUUGUGGGCAAUUAUUGAUCUGUAAACACAGAAGCCUGUGGAAUGUUUUACCAAUUUAAAUUCAACACCUGUUGAUGAGAAUGUUUUUUGGGCAAGGUUAAAUAUAACUUUUUUCCUUCCACCCGAAAUGAUUUCCAUUUCAUAGGCCAGAGUUUUUGGUGUGCUCAUCAGGGAUGACUAGAGAGAAGAGAAUCAAGGUAGUUUGAUUCCCAUUGUUGCCUGGCUGUGUGCUGUAUGUGUAUCGCAUCGCAUCGCAUCGCCUCAUCGUCAGGCUGUGUAAGUGCCAGUUAAUGAUGACUUGUCUGUAAACCCAUUUCAUGGAAUAGGCUGGUCUGAUAAUGUGGCAUUAUAUAAUUAUUAUACAUAUAAUAUAUGUAUUGAAUAAAGUGAUAUUUCAUCUGU